AUGGAGAACUUCGACGCACCAUCAUUCUCUCUUGGGCUCGAUCUCGACGCCGAUUCGGAGCCCAGUUUACCGGCCGACGACCAUCCCGGACCCAUCUUAGCCCUUAAUUCUUCUCCGAGCUUCAACUCCCUCGAAGAAAAUGCUGAAGAGCUCGAGUCUCGACAAGUUAUGGAUUCGGAUCCUGAUACUCGGCCCGAUCCUCCCCGCGUCUUAAAGCGGUUGCGCCGGGCCGCUGAUGCAUAUUCGGCGACGAAGAAAGAAUCAGAAAAGACAAUGCCUCGGAAUAAUGUGGACGAUGAGAUUGAAGAGUUCUCUUCUUCUCAGGAAACAAAUGCAGACAUUGUUUCUUCAACAAAGUAUCAUUCUGUAUGUAGCAGUUCCAAGGUCCCAUUGAAGAGAUUCAGGCUUUUAACUACUCAAGCAUCCAGCCAAUAUAGUACAAGGAAAAAGGAAGAACCGGUUGCCCCAGCUUCUGCAAAUUUAAAGGCCAGACGUGAUGGGUUGACAUUUCCGAAGUUAACCAUCAGUCCUCUUCGAAGAUUCCAUUUACUUGACUCUGAUUAUGAUGACCCCUCAGACCACGAGGAUAGGGGCAAAGGAGCUCAUAAAAUUGAUCCACUGUCUAAGGAACAACAAUCUGUAGCCAGUGAUGAAAAGAGAAAGACAUCCUUUAGUACACCUCAGAAUGAAGAUUUCUGGAAAGAUUUCUCUCUAAUGGGUAGUUCUCGUAUUCAAACACCUGCAUUUGAUGAGGUAUGUAAAGAAUAUUUUCAUUCUUUGCAUGAUAAGAGUGCUUCUCAGAUACUUGGGAACGGUAAGAGUGCUUCUCAGAAACACGAAAGCCAAAAGGUGGAGCAACUCCAGGAUUUAGAUGCCUCCUUACCUCCGGCACAUUGCUACUUUUUCCAUGCCGAUCCAAUGAUCCAGAAAUUAGUCCGUAGUCGCCUACCCUUUUUUACCCCCUUGAGCAUGGUCAACAAUGAACAACAUCAACAACCUAAUGUCUUAAUUAUGGAUUUCACGAGUCAAUUCAACAAAGGAGAAUCGUCAAAACAGAGAGGAGCCCAAAAAGCAAGUGGUAAUAAUAGCUCAACAAGUAGAAGAAACAAAUCAAAGAAACCAAAUGCUGAAAAUGGUGCAUUUGAAGGAUGGGUAAAUCCAAAAAGCAGCGGAGCUAUUCCGAAGAAUGCUGGGAAGAGAAGAGUUCAUGCUAAUGGCAGUCAAUCUGCUGGCCACUGGUAUACAUCUCCUGAGGGGAGGAAGGUUUAUGUUACCCGGACUGGUCAGGAAUUGUCGGGUCAAAUGGCCUAUAGGCAUUAUCAGAAGGAGAGUGGAGGUGGCUCUAGGAAGUCGAAAAAGAAAAGCAACGCCAAGAAGAAGAAAGUAUGAAUAUUUUUUGU